GAUAAAAUUUUUGCUAGUGUUGCUAAAAUGAAAACUGAUUGGUCUAGUUCUUACAGGCUACAACAUGAGUGUUAAACCUUUUACAUUGGAUUUUUACAGCUUUUUUUUAGACUCAAAAAUAAAAAGAAAACGUUAAAAAGACGCAAGUUUGGAACUGGUGGUUGGGACUUGGGUAUAUAUAAUGAAAAAGCCAAAUUCCUUCUCCCAUCUUAGAAAAAUUAUUGAUCAAAAACAUAACAUGAUUGUCAAAACUCGCAAUAAUAAUAAUUAUAAUUAUAAUAAUAAAUAAAUAAAUAAAUAAAAUUCAAGGGAUGACCCAAUCCAAAUUGAGUCCAGAGGAGAGAAAAACCGAAGCAGUUGAAAUCAAACAAGGGAUUCCACAAAUACCUAUCGAUCUCUUUGUGAACAAGAAUCGAAAAAGUGUCCAAUUUUCCGACGCUUUUCACAAUCUUAUCUACAAAGUAGCCGACGCUUCUUCGAUUUCACAUGGGCGUAGGUUGUUGGAUGCUUCUGGAAAUCCGCUGGUCUCCAUAUUCCGUUCUCAAGAUGGGACUUGGAAAGGCUUCAAAGGAGAUGGUUGUGGUGAACUGGUUUUCAAGAUGGAGCAGACGCUGAAUACAUUCAAUAAAAUCGAGUUUAAUGUGUUCUUUACCGGAGAGAAUGGGGCAGACCUCAUUUUUGCAUUGAGAGGCUGUUGUUUCUGGAGAACUUGUACCAUUUAUCAGGAUAAACACAUUGUAGCUCAGACAAAUCUCAUGUACAAGCUUGGUUUUAGGAAGCAUUUCGUGGGAAGAAGCAGAUUCAGAGUAACCAUAUUUCCUGGUUACACCGACUAUACGCUUAUUGCGUCGUUGAUUUUAGUGUUCAUGGAAGGACGAAAACAUCGACAUUUUUUGGAUCAUGAACAUAAAUCUCAAGAUGAUGAAUGAUAUUUUUUUAUGCUCCGGAAAUUUGUCUAAUUUUUUGCCCGUGAUUGUAAGGUGCAGAAUAUUCCAUUCAUUACUGAUUGUAACAAGCAAAAAAAUUUCAUUUAUUUGAAAAACAUUGCAAUAUAUCCUGGAAAAAUGAUGCUUUGGUUCUUUGUAUUUUCUAA